UCUAACCCUAAUCAAAAUUUCUUGCUUUCAUUUCCUAUCAUCGUAGAUUCUUUUUUGCAUCAACGAUUUGAAGAUUUACUAUGGCCGGUAAAGGAGAAGGUCCGGCGAUCGGAAUCGAUCUUCGAACCACGUACUUUUGAACCAGCUGUAUCACCUUCUUUUACAGAAGAUGGUGAAGAUUCAGGACGAGGUAUACGGAUGGGAAAGCGGUUGCUUCGCUCUCUUGCAUUAGUGUUUGGAUGUAUUGCUGUCAUCUCUUUGUGUGAUUUGUUGGACAUGCCUGCUGUAGGGCAACUGGAGAAGGAUGCCAAAUAUUCAUUGGUUUAUCAGCUUCUGAAGAUUUUUUUGACCCAGAGAUUGGAUGCUUACAUGGAAUUUCAAGCUGCAAAUUCUUCUUUAUUGAAAAGCUAUGGUCUCGUCCAUGAAGAUUGCAUUGCAAAGAUGAGGUUAUUAUCAUUGGUAGAUCUUGGCUCAAAUGAAUCUGCCCGUAUUCCAUAUGCUCUCAUCAAGGGUGUUACUUGUGUGUUACUUGUGCUUCAGAUCAAUGAUAAUGAGGUCGAACUGUGGGUCGUGAAGGCCAUUACGUCCAAAUUGAUUGACUGCAAAAUGGACCAGAUGAACGAAGUUGUGAUUGUGAGCCGGUACUGACCGUGUUUUUGGGCAGCAUCAGUGGGAAACACUUAGGACAAAGCUAACUACAUGGAGGGGGAAUAUUGCGAAUGUCAUUGGCACGAUUCGAGCAAACAAAAUAGUUGAGGAUGGAUCACAGGCUAUGCAAGGUUUGGCAAUUCGUUGAAGAGUGGAUUUUUGUUUAUCUGAAAGUUAAAAAGCCUACCUACCUUUCUGGAUAAAUUAUAGGAUGUCUCAUUUUUCUACUCAAUCCUCUAAAUUUGUUCAAAUUUUGACUUGGGGAAACUACAUUCGAAUUGGAGUAGUUGGUUUUAUAUUAAUGGAUUGUUGUAUCAUCGUCUAUACUCCUAGACCUCUCAAUCGGCUCUCUGAUCUUAAUUUCUUUGAGUAGUGCUAUUCUUUUUUAAUCCCCCUUUGGAUUCAA